UUCUCCAGCGGGUGGAGUCGUUUGUGAUCUGUUAACAGCAACAAGUGUCAAAAUAAAAGCGAUUUUAAAUAUAAUAUGGGUUGUGCGGUUAGUACAACAGGCGAUAAAGAAGCUACAGAACGCUCGAAGAAAAUUGACAGAGAUUUGCGAGCUGAUGGCGAAAGGGCAGCAAGUGAAGUCAAGCUGUUACUGCUUGGCGCCGGCGAAUCAGGAAAGAGCACAAUUGUUAAACAAAUGAAAAUCAUACACGAAACGGGCUACUCCAAGGAAGAAUGUGAACAAUACAGGCCUGUCGUCUACAGCAACACCAUUCAGAGUUUAAUGGCAAUCAUUCGGGCCAUGGGACAACUACGAAUCGAUUUUGCAGACCCCAGUCGUGCUGAUAUCGCGCGUCAGUUUUUCACAUAUGCGAGUGCCGCAGAAGAGGGGGAGUUAACCCCCGAGCUUGUGAUGUUGAUGAAGAAGCUUUGGCAGGAUCCUGGGGUACAAUUAUGUUUUGCACGCUCCCGAGAAUAUCAAUUAAACGACUCUGCAGCUUAUUAUUUAAAUGCUUUAGACCGAAUUUCGCAACCUAAUUACAUUCCCUCGCAACAGGACGUACUAAGAACUAGAGUCAAGACAACUGGGAUUGUUGAAACCCACUUUUCGUUCAAAGGACUCCACUUUAAAAUGUUCGACGUUGGGGGUCAACGUUCGGAGCGAAAAAAGUGGAUACAUUGUUUCGAGGGCGUGACUGCGAUUAUUUUCUGUGUCGCGUUGUCUGGUUACGACUUAGUUUUGGCCGAAGAUGAGGAAAUGAACAGGAUGGUGGAGUCAAUGAAACUGUUUGAUUCGAUUUGUAACAGCAAGUGGUUUGUGUCGACUUCGAUAAUUCUGUUUUUGAAUAAGAAAGAUUUGUUUGAGCAGAAAAUAACGCGAAGUCCGUUGACGAUAUGUUUCCCUGAAUAUACCGGUCCGAAUACUUACGAAGACGCGUCGGCUUAUAUCCGAAUGAAAUUCGAAAAUUUGAAUAAACGAAAGGAUCAGAAAGAAAUUUAUACUCAUUUCACGUGUGCGACAGACACUACGAAUAUUCAGUUUGUUUUUGACGCAGUAACUAAUGUUAUUAUUAAUAAUAAUUUAAAAGAUUGUGGCCUUUUGAUGUAACGGCCUUUAUAAUAUAUUGUUAAGUCGGAAUUUAUGCAAAGCAUUUCAUUUUUAUGUAAUGUGGAAAAUGGAAGUGAAGCUGCUUGAAACGGCACUGAUCUCGUUUCGUCUAUUCCCUCUUAAAUCAGUGAUAAAAUUCAUUCAGUAUUGUGUUGUUUUACAAGCAGCUUCUCUUCUCAUAUUGUCUUAUAAAGAUUUGUAUUUAUUUUUAAAGUAAGUCAUUUACAAGUUAUGCAAUAUUUUUUAACACACUAUUUCAUUGGUGCAACUUAAAACUGCUACGUUUCUCUUGUUUUAUAUGAACAAAUUUAUAGAAAUAAGGGAGUUUACAUGUUUAUAUCUCUGUAUAAAUUGCCAAAAGAUGCUCACAUGCCAUAUGUAUAGUAAGAUAUUUUUAUAACAAUGUUGAAUAAUGUUUCCCGAAUAUUUUUUGACAAUUCUAUAUACAUACAUCUGCCUUAAGCAAGUGACAAUUAAGAAUACAUUUUUUAUUUCAAUUAUUGUUUAAUAGAAAUUGGCAUCAAGUAGGUUUUUUGUGUAAUUAUGUCAAUAGUAAAACAUCAUUGAUUAGAACUGUACUUACUGUAUCAAAGACUUAUUUUUUAUACUUUUGUAUGUUCAUGAAGUAACAAAAUUAGUAAUUAAUUUUUUUGUUAAUUAUUUAUACGUUUUGGCGUGUUUUCCCCAAAAUGUACAAAUAAUGAGACGCACUACAGGUCAGGUCAAAUAAACAGUGUUUAUUUUGUACCUAUGUUUUGUAAAAUAACAAAUAUAUGACGCCAUCCAUGACA